AUGAUGGGAAAAAAUGUUGAAAAUUCUAUUUCGGAAGAACCUGAAGCAUUAGAAGAAGCUGAAUUUAUUGUUGAAAAAAUUCUUGAUCGAAAAGUCCAGAAUGGUGAAGUUUAUUAUUUUUUAAAAUGGAAAGGAUUUAAUGAGUCAGAAAAUACAUGGGAACCAGAAAUAAAUCUUGAUUGUCCAGAAUUAAUUGCUGAUUAUCAUAAACGAUUAAAUGCUCAACCAAAAAAAUCUUCAAAUGGAACAACAGUUCAAACUAAUGCAACAAAUAAUAAUAAUUCAAAUUCAAAUUCAAAUUCAAAUUCAAAUAAACGAUCAGCAAGAGAUAGUAUUGAUCAACAACAACAAGAGAUAUCAGAGGCAACGAAAAAAAAUAAACGUGCAAAUGAUUUUGGUUAUGGACGUGGACUUGAAAUUGAAAAAAUCCUUGGAGCAACCGAUGUAUAUGGCGAAUUAAUGUUUUUAAUUAAAUGGCAAUCAACAGACAAACCUGAAUUGGUACCAGCUAGAAUUGCUAAUGUUAAAAGUCCUCAACAUGUUAUUCGUUUUUAUGAAGAUCGUCUGACAUGGGCUAAUACAGAUGAAAAUUCAUCAAUUAAUCAAGAAAAAUAA